UUCUUUCUUCUCGAUCAACAGGUGUUCGAGUCUAUCAAUCGCCUCCUCCUAAAUCCUAAUUCUUUCUUCUGAUCGAUAAGGAGGUGUCGCGUUCUUCGAUCGCGUCGAUGAAGGCUUCCAUCAAGUUCCGGGAGGACCAGCCGCCGCUGGUGCGGGCCAAGAUCCCCAUCGCCGUCCUCGGUCUCCCUUUCCUCUCCGGCUUCGCCGUUGGAGCCCACGACUCCGACGAGGAGCUCCGCUUUGAUUUCGCCACUGCCUUUCGUGCUGGCCCCUCCCUCCGUCUCUCUUACCGUCCCAACGACCACCAAAGACCCUUCUCCCUCUUUCUCAAGACGGGCACCGGAGCCCUCGGCUCCCCCUCCGCUAACUCCCCCCUCGUUAUGUCCGCCGAGUUUGGUCUCCACGGAGGACGCCCGGCCUUCUCCCUUCUCCUCAAGCCCAAUUUCGGUGACUUCUCCGUCAAGAAAAUUGUGGAUGCGGGUGCCCCUUUCAACUUCUCCUCCACCGACUCCUCCCCGUCCGUGGAGGUUCAGGCCAAGACGGUUUGUGAUGAGAAAAAUCCCAAGUUCGCAGAAUUCCACCCUCACGAGCCGAUCGGCCCUGGAAAGAAGCUCAGCGGUGUUCCGAUUGGCAUAUCCACUUUCGCGACCGGCGGAAAAAGCGGGAUCGAUGGACUUCUCUCGGGAUUCGAGGUCAGCGCAAGAAGCAUCCUCCAGCUACCCAAACGCACGGCCAUCCGGUUCAAAUGGGGGCUUCGAGUGCCACCGGAGCGUCGCUCCGUGCUCGAUGAUCCAAAAAUUCCGAUCUCAUUGAGCAAGCUUCCGCUUCUGUCGUUGAACAAGAUCACGAUAGAAUGCUUGACCGCAGAAUCGCAUAAGGGGGAGAAGCCAGUCGCCAUUGAUGAUGCAGAUGCCAACGCCUUGCUGCGGAGGGACGUGGAGGUUCUGCAGUCUGAUAGCAUUCUUCUGAAGAGGGCCUUGGAGGAUCUCAGGGCCGAAGUUGGAGGUAGGAAGUUUACUCCGGCAGCUUCUGCAAUGACAAGUAAGGAGGAGCACAGAAGCAAUGGCAAGUCAUCUGGGAACAUGGGGAAGUCUGAGGGCGUUGCGAAUUCUACUACAGGAGCUUGAGGAUAGCUGGCUCAAUGGAAAAUGCUACUUAAUAUAGGCUUGCUAAACAGUAUUUGGAAUUGAGAGGAUUGAGAAGGCUAGGGAAGUUUCAUGUGUAAGGUUGACAUGGUCGAUACAUAUCAAGUUAUGUGGUCAUCCCAGUUUUGGCAGCCUAGUGUGUUAUAAUGCAGGCGAUUACAAUGAAUGAGCCUUGAGUAAUUGCGAAGACGUUGGUCCAACUUGACAGCAUGGUUUCAAUGAUUUUGCUACAUUAUACGGUAAAUUGGUUCGCAUGUCCAACUUUACCAUACUUAAUAGAGCUGUUGGUGAAACAUGAAUAAAUAGUUAUAGGGUCUCUCUGUAACUCUGAAGGGAUCAUUGACUGCCAGCUUAAUAGGGUAGUGUUUGUAGUGUGCAUAAUCUGCUAA